UUAUGGGUGCACAUGAGUACUGUUUUCUAAUUUCUUUCUUAUUAGAUUAGUAGGUUAUUGCAAUUUCAGAGAAAUGAAAUACAUUAGUGUGUAGGUUAAUUAAAAAGACUGAUGAAAAAAGAGUGAUUUACAAUAGAAUUAUGUCGAUUAGAAAAUAAAAGCGUCAUUGAAGGUUUUAAAAUAAAUAAAUAUCUUCAAACGUCGCUUUUCUAGCAUAGUUUGAUAUCUUUUUUAUUUUUAAUUAUUAAAGAAAGAAUCAAACACAAUGAGUUCAUUAACAUUGCAAAAGGUACAAUUACACGCAGAUGUUUAUAUGGUCUGUUUGCAUCAUGCUUUGUCAACAGAAUAUUUUGAAGUAAUGGGUUUACUUAUUGGAAACUGUGUUAAAGGUAUAGCAAAUAUAUCUGCUGUUAUGAUAUUAUAUCGUUUAGACAAGCAAAAAGAUCGCGUUGAAAUAUCCCCUGAACAACUAUUAAAAGCAGCUGCCGAAGCAGAUCGUUUAACUAUAGAAUUAAAACAUCCCAUGCGAGUUCUUGGAUGGUAUCAUUCCCAUCCACAUAUUACUGUAUUUCCAUCUCAUGUAGACAUUGGAACUCAAGCAACUUAUCAAACAAUGGAUUCCGGUUUCGUAGGUUUGAUAUUUUCAGUAUUUUCUGAGGCUAAGGAUUCAAAGGAACAAGAAAUAUCUUUGAUUUGUUUUCAAUCUCAUGAUGGAAUAUCUGUAGAAAUUCCAUUAGAAAUUGUAUGUACCCCAGAAUUAUCAGACAUAUGUUUGAAAACAAUGACAGACAUACCAAAGAUUUUGGUGCAAGAAGAAGAGGAUACAGCAGAAGCAUGUAGAGAUCAUCCAGAUAUUUUUGCUACUAUACAUAAUAAUGCUGUCAAAACUCGCGCACUUCUUCAUAUCACAGAUAUUAUUACUAGACCUUUAGUACUUACAUUUGAAACAAGAAUAGCAUUAAAUAAAUUACGUGCGGCACAUCUUCGAAAACAAAUGUUAGAGUUACAGCAACUCUGUAAAGGUUAAAAUUCAUGAUGUUAACAAUCAUCUCCAUCGAAAGAAAAUAAACAACAGAUGAUCCAAGUCCUAUGUACAAUUUCCAAUUUUUAAUAUUAAUCGAUUAUAAAUAAAGUUUAUGCUAUUUUCAUGUUUAUCUUUCAUAUUUAUGAUUACUUUUGGAAAUAAGUAUUACUGCAAGAUUAUAAAUAAAUACACGUAACAGCAUAAUUACGUAGAUAACUACCAAAAUAUUUCUUAAACAAUAUAAGUAGAGAACACGUGUGUGUGUGUGUGUAUAUAUAUAUAUAUACACACGCAUAUAUACAUAAUCACUUUGUAUUCCCAACCUUUUUUUAUUAUAAUUUGAUUAGUUAAUAAUUCCGAACAAAUUUUCAAUGAUUUUUAUUUUCCCUUUCACGAACAAAGAUCUGGCAAUAAUUGCACAUCUCUAUAUGUACACUACGAGAAUAACAGCGUAUUUAAAGACUUAAACAUAUUCAAAACACAGAUUCUGCAGAACGAGAAAGAUGAAUAGGAUGAGAAGGACUACGUGCUAACCUUUUACGAGGUAGCUUUUCAAGUGUAGUUAACAGUUUUGCAAAGUCAGGUCGAUUUUCAGGAUGGUAUGACCAACAAAACAUCAAAAUAUCCUAAAAAUAAAAAUAGAUUAUAUAUUGUUAUUUUUUAAAUAUUAAAUUAUUCGAAAUUUUAUUUAAAUCUUACCUUAACAUCACGGGAGGCUUGUAAAUUAGCCAAAGGUUGCUUCAUUCCUUUACCUACUUGCCAAAUUAUAGCUUCAGGUGGUUGACCUUUGAAUGGCCAUUCACCACACAAAAGUUCAUACCACACAGUUCUGAAACAUAUAUCAAAUAUGUCAUAUUGAAUUUAUUAUUACAUAUUUAUGUAAAUAGUAGAAUAAAAAGUUGAUGCAAUACAAACCCAAAUGCAUAAACGUCAGAAGCAUCUGUAAAUGGUAAUUCUUCUUGAUCUCGAGUUUGUUGCGGUUUUAAUCGUCGUACAAUUUCAGGAGCCAAAUAACACAACCAACCUGGUGGUAUGCUUAAUCCAUUACCUUUCCUGUAUUAAAGACAAAUUUAUUAUUCAAAUUAAAAUUACCUGAGCGUUUAUAAAAAUAUAUAAUUUACUCACCUAUUACCAUAACAGAGUUUAGUAACACUGAAUAGACCAAAAUCAGUUAUUACUACUUUUCCAUUUUCUAAAAAUAUGUUUUUGCUUUUCAAAUCCUUGUGAACUAUACCACGGGCAUGAAGAUACCCCAUUCCCUGUGUAAUAAAUUUUUGUUUUUAUUUGCAAAUAUUUUAAAUAUCAUUAAAUAUUAUCACGUGUUACAGAUGAUAUUAAAUUUAUAUAUAAUAUUUUUAUAUAACUUUUCUUUAACGCAUACCUGAGAAAUCUGUUGAGCGAUAAUAGUCGUUUUAUUCAUAUUGAAUUUAUCUUUUCGUAAAUGAAUGUGGGUAUAAAGUGUCAUGCCUUUGCUCAUACUAGUUACUAUAGCUAAACAAGGGGGUUUCAUACAAGCUCCCAUAAAUAAAACCAAAUUUUCGUGUCUAGUCUUUCGGAAUGUAGCCACCUAUAAAUACAAUGCACUCGUAAAUGAUGUUGGUUUCUUUUUUUUAAUUAAUUAAUUAAAUGAUAACUAAUUCAAUACUACAUCAUAACAAAAGUUUCAUACUUCUAAUUUGAAGGCUUCUAAUGUUUUAUCGUCAUCAAGAUAAUAGUCCAUAUUUAAAACUUUAAUCGCAACAUCUCCAUGCCAAUUUCCUCUGUAGACUGUUCCAAAUCUUCCAGUGCCUAUAGGUUCUCCAAUUUUUAAUUCAUCAUAUGGAAUGUCCCAUUCCCUCAUAGAUAACUACAAGCACAUAGAAUAUUUUUAAACCUAGAUCUUUUUUGUCUUUUUGUAGUUAAAUUUAAUACAUCACAGAUUAUAUAUGACAUAAACAAGCUAUUAUGCGUACGCUAUUUUGACGAGGCCACCGGCUAUCUCCUGGUUCCCCAUCAGAAACCUGAGAAUCCUGGGAAUCUACUCUGACUGGUGUUCUUUCUGAAUCAGUGCUAACACUGCCAGAGCCAGAAACACUUACUGUCCUCUCACUAUCACUCGAGACAGUUGUACUUUCAAGACGAUGUGUUUCCAAUGUAACACCUUUUUCAUUUAAUACAACAUCUGUAAACACAUCGCCUAAAGUAUUUGAUAUAUUGGCAUACGAUAAAAACGAUAUAUUACCUGGAAAAUGGAACUGUUGCUUCAUAGGUGCUUGUGGAGUUUGGCUAGUAUUGGCAGGUAAUAAAGCUGGACUAGAAGGUGUUGAGCUAUUGCAGCUCGAGGUAUUCGAACUAGAAUCAGCACCCUAUAUAUACAAAUAAGAAAUAAUUAAAGAAAGAUACUAAGUAGUAUCAAUAACAAUUUUCAAUGAAAUAACUAGAAAAUAAUAAUGGAAAAUAUUACCUGAAAAGGUAUAUUCAUUGAAGAAUGAGGGUGUGAUCGCUUUCGAUCUCUUCGAUUCAACGAAGCCAAUAAAUUAGAACUAUGAUGAUUUGGGGAUGUUAUGAUUGGUUUGUUCAAUAUUGGAGACACAUUAACCAUACCUGAAAUUUAUUAUCUUUUUAAUCUUUAUGUUUAAAAAUAAUAUUAUCAUACAAUUAAGAAUUAUUGCGUUUUAAAUAAUAUUAUAAAUGGAAAGAUUCGUACCAUCGCCCUGAACAGAUCUUUUGAACUCAUCAAAAAGUUCUUGAGGUAGGCCACAAGAGGGAGGUACUUUAGAUUCACAGUCUCUAUGACAUUUAUAUUUACAUUCUUUGCAUUUCAAGCCAGUUCCUAUAAACAUUUGUUUGUCACAAAAGUCGCAAGUAGUCAUCAUUUUAAAGGUUUUUGUAAAACGAUGAGCAAUAAUAUGACCCAUCCCACGUGUUACAGUUGGAGUACGCGGCGAUUUUGGCACUUGCAAGCUUGUUAUUACUAAAAUAUAUUAUAAUAUUUAUUAUGAUAAAAAACAAAACAAGUAUACUUAACAAUAUACUUUUGCUUGAUUGCAUUAACAUUACCAGUUCCUUUAAAACUGUUAUCAUCACUAUCUGCACUGGAAUAUGGAGGUGAUUUAAUAGGACUGUUACUAUUUGGUAAGAAGCAUUCUGUCAUGAUAUCUGCAUUGCUACUGCAUGAUCCUGGUUCUGUAGGUAAACGAUUUCUCCUUCCUACAGAACUAACAUGAUGUUCGCUUGCACAACUAUAAAAAAAAUCAUGUGUACCCUAUAUAUUAUGUAAGUUUUGCAUAAAAUUUAUUUCUCAUAUUUUUCGUUUUUAAAUAUUACCUAGAAGCUGUGUCUCCAUUUUCGAGACGAUUUGCUAACUGUGAUUCAUGAGAUUUUGACUUAGUUAAUGGAAACACUUCCGGUUGUGAUAUAGUAUUUUGUAAACCAAUUUGAUGUUUUUUACAAGGAGGUGGAGUUGUAGGAAAUUUGAUCGCUGUUAUUAAAAAGACAUUAAGAUAGUAUAAAGUAAAAAAAAAAAAAAAGAAAAAAAAGAGAGAAAAAAAAUAAAAAAAAUACAUACCAUGCCCUUGUCUUUGUAAUAAUGGCGUAGAAGGUGGACUAGUAGAUGAUAAAGAUGUAAUAGAAGAAGCUUGCGCUAGCAUAUCGCUAGUGAGAUUAUUAUUGUUAUUGUGAUAUGGAAUACUAUCUUCAGAGGGAACAGAACAUCUUGUAGUACGAGAACGAAUUGGUCUAGGAGAUGCUCCGGUACGUAAAUGAUGUCUAUCCCAAGAAUCCCAAUACAAGUUCAUAUCACUGUUAUCUACCUCUCCUCUUAAAAGUACAUCUAAACAAAAUACGCAUUAUAAUAUAUUGAUAAUUUUUUAUUAUAAACAUAUACUAAAUAUAGUACUAAGGGCAGGGGAAAGUCAGACUCUUACCCAUAUAUCUGCGCAGAUUGUGCAAUGCUCUACAAAGUCUACGAAGUUCUUCUUCAUGUUUAAUAUUAUUCUCACCUAGCAUAGUACCCAAUUCAUGUUCUGAUUUUUCUUUCAAUGCUUCAAGAGAAUUAGCUUUUGAACAAACCAUCUAAAACAUGUUAUACUAGGUUAUAUACUUGAAUAUCAUAUAAAAUAAAAGACAUAAGAAUAAAUGUUUGUUGAAUACCUUACUUUCUGCAUUUAAAAAUUCAAGCUAAACAUGCUUAUUGAAUUUAUUUAACAAAUAGAUAAAAACAUAUAUAAUUGUCAAUUAAUAAUAUACAUACUUGAAUGGAUUCUUGUGUUAGACCCACUACACGUAACCACUGUUGCAAGGAUGGAUACUGUCUCAUUUCUGCUGGCAAUGAUUCUACAGUAAGUUUGGCUUUAGUCACGAGUUGCUUCGAAUAUAACUUAAUCAAUUUUCCCUAGAACAUACAUAUAAGUUGUAAACAAAAAACAAACAACAAAAAAAACAAUAACAUUAAAUCAAUUUGUAAUGUUUAUAUAAAAUAUUGAUAUCUGAUAAAUUUCAAAGAGUUUAAUAAACCUAAUAAGACUGAGUCAGAUUGUAUCAAUUUGCUGAUUAUAAAUAUUUAUUUUCAUGUUUAUAAUAAAGACUUUAAUCGACUAAACAA